GUUUUCUGACCAUAGAUAACACUUUAUAUCAAAAUAUACUUACUGUAUCACAUAAUUUAAGUGUAGAAAGUAUCGUCCUCAAGAUUAAAACUUCUUUAGAAAGGAGUAUUUGAUAAUAAGAAUUUUAAAUUUGUUUAAAAAAAUUAUAGUUUAUUGUAAAGACGUAAAAAUUGUGAAACUAAUACACACUAAUGUGAAGUGUCAAUAUAUAAAUAAUUUAUAAAUACCAAAAAACAAUAUUCGAUUAGAAAGUAUGUAAGCAUUAGAUAGAUGAAAGUUAAAGAUGAAACAUUUCAGUCUACAAGCAACACAAACGAAUAAAGAUGUGUAUUUUAUUUGUAAAUGUAGAUCCGAAUCCCGAAAAGGGGGCCUACAGGCUUGUAUUGGCAACAAAUCGUGAUGAAUAUUAUAGAAGGCCUAGUUUACCAUUACAUGUUGAUAGAAAUAACAUAAUCGGAGGUAAAGACAUGGAACCUGGUAGGGAAGGAGGAACAUGGUUAGCAUUCAGAACAAAAGAUCAAUGUAAUGGAAAAGUUAAAAAACAUUGUAUUGGCGUAAUUCUCAAUGUGACUGGAACAAUAAUUGAAAAUCCCAAAAGCAGGGGACGUAUCAUCGUAGAUUAUUUAUUGAGCAAUAAAAGUUUUCCUGAAUAUUCAGAAAUGUUAGAGAAGUCCUUUUAUAAUGGUUAUAACUUUGUUUCAAUCGAACUCAGCGAAGAAAAUUCGAUGAUUUAUCAUCAUGGAAAUAUUCCUAACGUGAAUUCAAGUUACGUUGGCAAACAUAAUUUAGGAUUCGGAAAUUCUCCUAUAUUUUCCCCAUUAACAAAAGUUACAAAAGGAAGGCGUAUGUUCGAAGAAAUUUUGAAAAAAAAUUUAUCCAAAGAAGAUUUACAAGCAGAACUAUUCAAACUUCUUAAAGACGAAACUAGGCAUUUGCCAGAUGACGAAUUGCAAAAACGACAACCUUUAGCAUACGAAAUUUUGAGUGCCAUUUUUUAUAAAUUAGAUCCUCCAGGAUAUGGAACUAGGACACACACUAUAAUAUUAAUAGAUUAUGAUUGGAAUCUAUCGGUUAUUGAAGAUACUAUGUGUGAACCAAUAGAUAAAAAUAACCCGCAAUGGAAAAGAACCAGUCUUAAUUUUAAAUUGUGAUAAAUUAUUUAAAUUAUCAAAUUUGUUAUAGUGAGUAUUUAAGUGAUAACGUUGUUUAAUAUAUUUUAUGUUAAUAUAAAUAUUUUAAUCA